CUGUCGUACAUUUGUUACUCUCGUUUUUUUGUGGCGAAUCUUAACUGUUUCAUUUUUUCUUUUUUUGGUUUAUUGUAAAAUUGCAGAAUGUGCCUCAUCAAAAAAUGAAAUUCUUAUUAUUCACGACGAGGAAACUACUGAUGGGCCAGAUAUAUUUCGGUUUGCACAGCAAUUUUCCACUCCAACAAAUAUUGUUCGUGUAUUAAGCUAUAAGGCAACAAAACCAUUCAGUGCUUAUGGAAUCAAUAAUUUGUUGCUAGACGUUCUUGAUAAGGAAAUAAAUAGAGCACAUGAUACUGAAAAUUCGUUCAGUUGUCGCUAUAAAACAAUGGCAAAACAUCUUCUAGAGUCAGUUCAUUUUACAAAUGAUCACCUGAAAGGUGUUAUUUUAAUUCAAACGAGAGGGGUUGCAGAAGAAGUCAAUAAGGAAAUCGUAAAAACAAAGUUUAUCUUGGAACAAAACGCCAAAGUUUACAGGGUGAUCGAGAAUUUUAAUGUGUCAAGUUAUUCAAAGACUUCAAGUUCGGAAAAUGUUUUAGAAUUUUAUGUUAGAAGAUGGCAGAGUCUAAAUGGAAUUGGUGCAGAAUAUUUCAGCGACCUAUGCAAUAUAACAACAAAGGUUCACUGCCCCUAUGGUUACAAAUGUGCUUGGAGUCAUGCUUGUUUAUUGAUAGAUCAAGUCUGUGACGGGAUUAUUCAUUGUAUCCAUGGUGACGAUGAGGCAAUUUGUGACUUUAGAUGUCCAGAUAAUUGCACAUGCCAGGGGUAUGUUGCUGAUUGCAGCAACACUGACUUUCAGUUAUCUUUAUUACCAACAAUACCAGAUACAGUCCGGUAUCUUGAUUUAAGUUCUAACAUUGGACUCAGCUCUAUCUUGGAGGAAACUUAUUUACAUUGGCAAACUUUAAUCGUCUUUAAUCUUUCAUACUGUGGAAUACAGCGUAUAAAUUCUUAUUCGUUUGAAAGAAUAAAGAAUAUCCGCCAUUUAGAUCUAAGUUACAACUUAUUAACAAUUUUGCCAGAUUUUGUUUUUAUCAGCUUAGAGCAGCUACAAGUCCUUAAUCUACGAGGUAACUAUCAGCUAUCAGUUAUAGGAAUGGAAGCCUUUGCUGGACUGGACCAUGUUGGAGAACUGGACUUAGCCAAUGCUAGACUGGAAACAAUUUUGGCAGACACAUUUUCAGGAAUGAGUUUACACAACUUAGACUUAUCAAACAACAAGCUAAAGGGAUUGGCAAGUUUUGCUUUCCGCGGUGCAUCUAUACGGUCUAUCAGUUUCAAAGAAAAUAAUAUUAAAUCAUUUAAUACAGAAAUAUUUACGGGGCUUAUUGGUUUAGAAAACCUGAUUACUCCGGAGUUCAAAUUCUGUUGUAUUCGACCCAAUUAUGUAAAAGAAGAAAACUGUUAUCCUCAAAAAGACGAGUUUUCAUCCUGUGAUGACCUUAUGAGAAAUUCUGUGCUACAGUUUUUGAUAUGGUUAAUAGGAAUCACUGCGUUUCUUGGAAAUAUUCUGACGCUUUUAUAUAGGCUGAAAUAUGAUAGAGAUAGGUUGAAAUUGGGGUUUGGCAUAUUUGUAACAAACUUGGCAGUUGCCGAUUUUCUAAUGGCUAUAUAUCUCAUCAUUAUAGCUGCUGCCGAUUCUGCAUUUCGGAAAAGAUACAUAUUUAUGGACGACUACUGGAGGCACAGUAUAUGGUGUAACCUCGCAGGAAUGCUGUCCACCACUUCUUCAGAAGCGAGCGUUUUAUUUCUUUGUCUCAUUACAUUGGAUAGGCUUCUGGUUAUCAAAUUUCCGUUUGGACGAGCUAAAUUGACCAAAGACAGAGCUGUCACUUGUGCUAUUUUCACGUGGGUAUUUUCCGUUACGGCAGCCAUAUUUCCUCUUGCUUAUGAAGGAUACUUUAAAAACGAAUUCUACUCAAAGUCUGGUGUUUGCAUUGCUUUACCGUUAACAAGAGAUCGUCCACCUGGCUGGGUUUACUCCUUAUCUGUCUUUGUUUGCCUGAAUUUUCUUACAUUUAUCUUAGUCGCAGUUGGGCAGCUCUCGAUUUUCAUUGAAAUUCGCAAUUAUUCUGGAAUCGCCACCACUGUAGAAAGUUCAAGAAAAAGGGACCUUAAAGUUGCAAGGAAUCUUCUGCUAGUUGUAGCAACUGAUUUUAUGUGCUGGUUUCCUAUAGGAGUCAUGGCAAUGUUUGCGCUGUCUGGUCACGUGAUAUCUGGAGAGGUAUAUGCAUGGGCAGCUGUUUUUAUUCUACCAGUCAACUCGGCUCUUAAUCCUAUUUUAUAUACAUUAAGCGCCAUCGUUGGAGGAACGAAAUUCAGUCCCAGUACUGAUGAACAAUCAUUGAAACAAAUGACAAAAGAACUAGGAGAGAACGCGAUCAGAUGUUUAAAUGCCAGCCGUUGUUUAACAAGGUCGAUACGUCGCCAUGACUAUGAAGACAUCACUUUGAUUCCCGACGAAGUAGACAUACCAGCCGUGUCUAUCUUAUCUAUUUGUAAGGCACUGGCACAUACAUUAGAAGGAUUACAAAGUUGCUCUCUAGAUAUAAGUCUAUUAGACAAAGGCUCUUUGUUUGUUGGUGUCAGAAGUAAACAGCUUACAGGAUUACUGAGAAUUAAAGCUGUACCGUUUAUAUCAUAUAAACCAGAGGAUAAAACUGAGAGGAUCAAACAUCUAGGAAUGAUAAUGAAAGGUCUUUUAGCAGCAAGAGAAAAGCGACAGUUUUGUGGAACUUAA